AUGUCAGGAACCGUAACAUGGUAUGUUGCCCGUUCGCCUCUAUCAUCGUGCCGUGCAGGUGAGGUUCCGCAUUCAAUAGGCUAUCUAAACCAUCUGAGAGAGCUUAUCCUUUGGUCUAACAAUCUUACAGGAGAGAUUCCUUCUUCACUAGGAAACCUUUCUCGUCUCACAAUUGUUGACCUUUCUCAUAAUGAUCUAGUAGGUGAGAUUCUGAAUUCAAUAGGCUAUCUAAACCAUCUGAGAGAGCUUGUCCUUGGGUCUAACAAUCUUAGAGGAGAGAUUCCCUCUUCAAUAGGAAACCUCUCUAGUCUCACAAAUCUUAAUCUUUCAACCAAUCUUUUGGUAGGUGAAGUUCCACCCUCCUUUGGAAACCUAAAUGUGCUAAGAGUCAUAUAUCUUGGAGGCAAUAGCUUAAGUGGCAGUUUUCCUAUUUCAUUAGCCAAUCUAACUAAGCUUACCGAGUUUUCCAUCUACUCUAACAAAUUCACAUCCACGCUUCCAUCAGACAUGAGUGGAUUUCACAACUUGGAAAGUUUCCUUGUUUAUGAUAACUCAUUUGUAGGGCCUUUCCCUAAGUCAUUGCUCUCAAUUCCUUCAUUACAAUAUUUACGUUUGGGAAAAAACCAAUUCACGGGAUCUAUAGAGCUUGGGAAUACAUCUUUGUCAUCCUUUGAGCUUGAUGUUCUAGACCUUUCUCAUAACAGAUUUGAUGGCCCAAUCCCGGAAAACAUAUCUGAAUUUAUCAACCUCUCCUACUUAUUCCUUGACCACAACGAUUUCACAGGGUCAAUCCCUAGAUCAAUAUCAAAGUUAGUCUAUAUCCACGAAUUACAUCUUUCCAACAAUAAGUUGACAGGUGAAGUACCAAGUUUCAUAUGGGGAAUACCGUGGACGACUCUUUCUCACAAUCUUUUGAGCAGUUUUGAAAACUCCUCACAAGAAAUAGAGAGGUACACGUUGGAUCUGAGUUCAAAUUCAUUUACCGGACCAUUUCCCCAUUGGAUCUGCAAGAUUAAACAAUUAUUUCUCUUAGAUUUGUCUAACAAUUUCUUCAGCGGAUUGAUUCCUUCAUGUUUAAGGAAUAACAUGGUUUAUCUUGCGGAAUUAAGUCUGAGCAACAAUAGUUUCAGUGGAGCUAUUCCAGAUAUAUUUACCAAUGAUAGUAUGGGUCUUUUAAGAUCAGUGGACGUUAGUCGUAACCAGUUGGAGGGGAAGUUUCCAAAGUCCUUGAUCAAUUGCGAAGCUCUUGAACUUGUGAAUGUAGAAAGCAACAAAAUCAAGGACAAGUUUCCAUCAUGGUUGGGAUCUCUGCCGUCACUACGAGUACUCAGCCUCAGAUCGAACAAGUUCUAUGGGCUGUUGAAUCAUCGCCACAAGUCCAUUGGGUUUCAGAGUUUAAGAGUAAUCGAUGUCUCACAUAAUGACUUCACUGGAACUCUCCCACCUUACUACUUUUCCAGCUGGCGUGAAAUGACCACAUCAACCCAAGGAAAUGACUACAUGGUAAAUGUUGUGAAUGAAUUAAUUCAAGAAUUUUCAUUUGAACCUACAAUCUAUCGCUCGAUUGAAAUGGUGGUCAAAGGAGUAGAUAUGAGGUUUGAGCGAAUCCGAGAGGACUUCAGAGCCAUCGAUUUCUCUGGAAACAGAUUUUAUGGCAAAAUCCCGGUAUCCAUUGGCUUUUUGAAGGAACUGCGUCUCCUCAACUUGUCACACAACUCAUUCACAGACGAUAUCCCUCGAAGCUUGGCAAAUUUGACAAAUCUCGAGACGUUGGAUCUCUCGAGUAAUAAUCUGUCAGGUGAAAUCCCUCAAGAUCUUGGUAAGCUCUCUUUUUUGUCAUACAUGAACUUCUCCCAUAACCGUCUCCAAGGUCCAGUGCCACGAGGCACACAGUUUCAAAGGCAAAAUUGUUCUUCAUUCACGGACAACCCUGGACUCUACAACCUCCAAGAAAUCUGUGGAGAAAGACAUGUCCCGGAGCCUCCUUCACAGCAUCACGAGGAAUUGCCUGAGGAAGAGGAAAAAAUGUUCAACUGGAUUGCAGCUGCAAUUGCCUAUGUACCUGGUGUCUUUUGCGGAUUGGUGAUCGGAUAUAUUUUUGCUUCAGACAUACAAGAAUGGUUUACGGAAAAGUUGGGUUGA